AUGGAAAAAGCAAACCUUACUGCUGUGCUCUAUGGUAUCAACGAUUUGCGAUUGGAAAACACUCCGAUUGAAGAGCCUAAUGAUGAUGAAGCACUUAUGGAAAUGGCCUGCGUCGGAAUAUGCGGCUCGGACGUUCAUUAUCUCGUCAACGGAAGAAUAGGUGACUUUGUUGUGGAAAAACCAAUGAUAAUAGGUCACGAGUCGUCGGGAGUUGUCGUUAAAGUCGGAAAAGAUGUUAAAAAUAUAAAGGUAGGCGACCGCGUAGCCAUCGAGCCUGGUGUACCUUGCAGAAGAUGUCAAUUUUGCAAAGAAGGGCGCUAUAAUUUAUGCAAAGAUAUUAUUUUCUGCGCUACACCCCCUGUCCAUGGUAGUCUUCGUCGUUAUUACAAACACGCAGCAGACUUUUGCUUCAAAUUACCGGACAAUGUUAGUAACGAAGAAGGAGCAAUGAUGGAACCUUUGUCCGUGGGUGUGCAUGCAUGUAAGCGUGCAAACAUUGGAAUUGGAUCAAAUGUUCUGAUAAUGGGUGCUGGACCAAUCGGUUUAGUUAGUUUAUUAGUUGCCAAAGCGAUGGGCGCUAGUAUGAUAGUAAUUACUGAUUUAGUGGAGCAACGGCUGAAUAUAGCAAAAGAGCUGGGUGCAAACAAGACUGUCUUACUAAAAAAAGACAUGAAAGAAGAAGACACUGUGAAGAUGAUUCAUGAAGCAUUUGGCUGUGAACCGGAUAAAACUAUUGAUGCUUCUGGUGCUGAGACGUGCAUUCGUCUUGCAAUUUUAGCUACUAAAUCUGGUGGUGUUGCUGUUUUAGUCGGAAUGGGCGCUCCAGAAAUUAAAAUUCCAUUGAUUAAUGCUCUGGUGCGGGAAGUUGAUAUUCGUGGAGUCUUCCGAUAUGUCAAUGCCUAUUCUGAUGCAUUGGCUCUUAUAGCUUCCGGCAAGGUUAAUGUUAAACCAUUAAUCACACAUAACUUCACCAUGGAACAAACAGUUGAUGCUUUUAAUGCUGCUAAAACACCAACAAGUGGUGCUAUUAAAGUUAUGAUUCACUGCAAGUAA